AAGGCAUCGGAGGAGUUCAGUGUCUACCUCCCGGUUUCGAUGCACUUUUCAGCCGGUUUGACCUGGGACAGCCACCUUCACGAAUCCGCACCAGUCUCUGAUAGAACAAUAGAAAUUUUCAGUAGUGCUACAAUUUCGCGCCGAAUUUAUUAUAUUCCGUUCUUCUGGACCCUUUUGAAAUGAUAUUACUAAGAUGGCUAGAGGAAUUCUAAGAUUGACCAACAGGAAGAUAUUAAGUCUCCGGAAAAUCACAGUAUUAGAGCAAAGACAUUUUUCUAGAGAUAAAGAUGCUCCACCUAGGGGAAUUCCUUACACUAACUUGACAAUAGGAGUGCCAAAAGAAGUUUGGAAAAAUGAAAAAAGAGUUGCAAUUACCCCAUCAGUAACAGAAAUAUUUUUGAAAAAGGGAUUUACUGUGAAUAUUGAAGAAAAUGCAGGUUCUCUGGCUAAGUUUCGUAAUGAAGAUUAUGAGAAAUCAGGAGCAAAGCUAGUAAACAAGGAAAAAGUUUUUAGUUCAGAUAUUAUUCUAAAAGUACGACAGCCGCUUGUAGAAGAAGUACCAAGUUUUAAGGAAGGUUCAACAUUAAUAUCUUUCUUAUAUCCUGCACAAAAUGUCGAUUUGGUUAAAAAAUUGGGCGAUAAACAAAUCAACGCUUUUGCCAUGGACUGCAUACCUCGAAUAUCCAGAGCUCAAGUAUUUGAUGCUCUUAGUUCAAUGGCAAACAUUGCCGGAUACAGAGCUGUUAUAGAAGCAGCAAACCAUUAUCCUAAGUUUCUCUCAGGUCAAAUAACAGCAGCUGGUAAGGUACCACCAGCUAAAGUACUUAUUAUAGGAGGUGGAGUAGCUGGUUUAGCAGCAAUUGGACAGGCCAAAUCUAUGGGCGCUAUAGUGAGAGCAUUUGAUACUCGGUCGGUUGUCAAAGAACAAGUAGAGUCUUUAGGAGCAGAAUUUUUGACUAUAAACAUUGAGGAAGAGGGAGGUGGUGCAGGUGGUUACAGCAAGGAAAUGUCAAAAGAAUUUAUAGAAGCAGAGCAUGAAUUAUUUGCAAAACAGUGUAAAGAGGUUGAUGUUAUUAUAUCUACUGCUUUAAUUCCAGGCAGAAAAGCUCCAGUAUUAAUUUUAAAGGAUCACAUAAAGUCGAUGAAAGCUGGUAGUGUAGUGGUAGACCUAGCUGCGGAAGCAGGGGGUAACGUCGAAACUACUCGUCCUGGUGAAAUCCAUACUUUCAAUGACGUUACUCACGUUGGACUAACCGACUUUCCUAGUUUAUUGCCCACUCAAAGUUCAACGCUCUACGCUAACAAUAUAUCUAAGUUUCUCUUGUCAAUAGGAGAACAAAACCAUUUUUAUAUUGAUUUAGAAGAUGAAGUAGUUCGAGGAAGUAUUAUUCUAGAUAAAGGCAAACUUAUGUGGCCUCCACCAAAACCUGUAGGGCCACCUCCUACUCCUAUUCACAAGACGCAAGAAACCGAAUCUGCCAAAGUGGUUCAAGUUGAACCAAGUCCUUUUAAGAAAACUUUGGAUCGUGCGUUAUUAACUACAGCAGGUGUUGGUAGUAUUGUGGGUCUAGGAAUGUGUUCCCCAAAUCCGGAGUUUACUUCAAUGCUAAGUGUACUUGGAUUAUCAGGAAUUGUAGGUUAUCAUACCGUUUGGGGAGUAACUCCGGCAUUGCAUUCUCCUUUAAUGUCUGUAACUAAUGCCAUUUCUGGCAUAACUGCUGUGGGAGGUUUAUUACUAAUGAACGGAGGAUAUUAUCCAACUAAUUCAGUAGAGGCAUUAGCAGCAAGUGCAGCUUUUAUAUCGUUUAUUAACGUUUUUGGAGGUUUCUUUGUUACAAGGAGAAUGCUGGACAUGUUCAGAAGACCAGGUGAUCCGCCAGACUACAAUGCACUCUAUGCUAUACCUGCGGCAGCAUUUCUUGGUGGAUAUGGUUAUGCUGCAAUGAGUGGUUUAUCGGAAGUCCACCAGGCAGCGUAUUUAGCAGCGUCACUCUGCUGUGUGGGAGCAUUAGCUGGUUUGAGUAGCCAGGCUACUGCCAGAAUGGGCAAUAAUUUAGGAAUGAUAGGUGUUGCGGGUGGAAUAGCUGCAACUCUUGGCCAAAUAGCUCCUAGUACAGAAGUUCUAACGCAGAUGGCAGCUGUUGCGCUUGGAGGAGGUGCUAUCGGUUCAGUUAUAGCUAAGAAAAUUCAAAUUACAGAUUUGCCCCAACUCGUUGCUGCUUUUCAUAGUCUGGUUGGUUUAGCGGCUGUUUUGACUUGUCUAUCAACAUUCAUACAUGAUUUUCCGACAUUUGCUACCGACCCUGCUGCUAAUGUUAUCAAAACUGCCUUGUUUUUGGGUACUUACAUUGGUGGCGUAACAUUCAGUGGUUCUCUCAUCGCCUAUGGGAAACUACAAGGGUUACUUAAAUCUAACCCUUUACUUCUACCUGGGCGUCAUGUACUAAAUUCUGCACUUCUGUUGGCUAAUGUUGGUGCUGGAGCGUAUUUAUUUUACGAGCCAUCAUUGAUGGGAGGACUAGGGGCGUUGGGAACUACAGCAGCUUUAAGCACAGCGAUGGGUAUUACUUUGACUUCUGCUAUAGGAGGUGCUGAUAUGCCUGUGGUGAUUACAGUAUUAAAUAGUUAUUCUGGUUGGGCGCUUUGUGCUGAAGGUUUUAUGUUGAAUAAUAAUCUCAUGACUAUAGUUGGUGCUCUUAUUGGAUCUUCUGGUGCCAUACUGUCUUAUAUUAUGUGCAAGGCAAUGAACAGAUCACUUCCCAAUGUUAUACUUGGUGGUUAUGGCACUUCAAGUACAGGAGGCGGUAAGCCAAUGGAAAUUACCGGCACUCAUACCGAAAUUAACAUUGAUGGAGCAUCUGAAACUAUUAGAAACGCUCGAAACAUCAUCAUUGUUCCUGGAUAUGGAUUGUGUGUUGCCAAAGCUCAGUAUCCCAUCGCCGAAAUGGUUGAGAUACUGAAAAGUAGAGGCAAAAACGUUCGGUUUGCUAUUCAUCCAGUCGCAGGUCGUAUGCCAGGACAAUUAAAUGUUCUGCUAGCAGAAGCAGGAGUACCUUACGACGAUGUCUUUGAAAUGGAUGAAAUAAACGACGAAUUUUCUGAUACUGAUCUAGUAUUAGUUAUUGGAGCUAACGAUACUGUCAAUAGCGCUGCGGUGGAUGACCCUAAUUCGCCCAUAGCUGGAAUGCCGGUACUCAAUGUCUGGAAGGCUGAACAUGUAAUUGUUAUGAAAAGAUCUUUAGGUGUUGGAUAUGCUGCUGUCGAUAAUCCAGUCUUCUUUAAACCAAAUACUUCUAUGCUGCUUGGCGAUGCGAAGAAGACUUGUGAUGCAUUAUUGCAUAAGAUUUUACUAGAAGAAUAAUUAUUGAUGUUAUAGGAUAAGUUCUUUAAAAAUUGUACAAAAAAUAUUCGUAAAACAUAUAAAUGCAUAAAAUAGGUAAUUUUUAAAAUGUACAUAUAAUGACGAAGCUGAUAAAGUGUUCCAAAUUUUUAGCCGAAGGAUAGUGAUAGUCCAUUAGGCUAGAAAUAUUUAGUAUUAAUUUCUGUAGGUUAAGUCAAGGUUUUUUCGCAAAGAAGAGAUAGUGCAUCAAGAAAAAGGGUAUAGCUGCAUUCGGUAAACUCAUGUCGAAUAAUAUAUCAUCAUCAUGUAGAAAUAAUACAAAGUUUAUAACAUUGUUCAUGACAAGGAACAAUAGACUGUGAGUAAUGAACGUCAGUCUUGGAUUGAAUAUAGUGUUUCGUUAACCACCAUUAUAAUAUUGAUUCUUUUUGUGCAAUUAUUCUAUCUUUCAUGCAGUUUUCAGCAGUGUAUUAAGACAAAUUAUCUUUUUAUUGCAAUACCCAUAAUUUACGACUAUAGUAUAUAUAUAAUUUAUACCAGUAGAUAUAGAUGAUGAUAUAGACAGAGAAAUGGAACUGUAAAGAAAUCUAAAGGCGCAUUCUCACGACUGGUUUACUUGGCAAGUACGGCAAUAUUUGCGUACUUGGCAAGUAUCCCCACCAGUCCCAACUUUGUAAACAACAUCGGCAAGUGUGGCGCUCACACGACGUGUUCAUUUCAACAAGUACGCCACCACAAACAUUUAGAGAACAACGACCUACGGUCGAAUCGGCCGCAUCCUGGCACGUAUACGUAGACGUAAAGAAUCUUGUACGUGUAAAAAUAUAACAAAUGCGCAUGCGUACGUAAACGUUUACGUGUUUGUAGGCUGUGCCGUUGUUCUCUAUUGUUUA